AAGGAGGCAUAAACCUGCUCAAACAAAAUAUCUCCUCCUCAUUAAACCCUCUUGCUUUUUAGGGUUUUUGAGAAUUCACUCCUUUUCCUGCACUCAGCCGCCGCCCCUUCUCACAGUUUGUUAUGGGUAAAUCAAGCAAGAAGGUCACUAAGGCUGAAGCAGCCGCUGUCGUCGCUACACCCAUCAAGUCCUUGAAGAAAGGCAAGAGAGAAGCAGAGGAGCUCAUUGAGAAGAAGGUGGUGAGUGCUAAGAAGCAGAAGGUGGAGGAAAAGAAGAUUGAGUCCAAAAAUGACAAGAAGGUGCUUAAAAAGAAGGUCGAAUCUUCGUCUGAAGACGACUCUUCUUCAGAAUCUGAGGAACUCCCCAAGGUUAAGCCACUCCCUGCCAAGAAUGGGGUUGCACAUUCAGAUUCAGACUCGGACUCAGAGGAAAGCAGCGGUGUAGAGGAAGCCCCUAAAAAGGCCCCUGCUGCUCCGGCAAAGAAUGGAAAGGCUGCCCCUAAGAAGAAAGAGGAGUCGAGUGAUGAUGAAUCUUCUGAAGAUGAGAGCAGUUCCGAUGAUGAGGAUGUUCCUGCAACUAAGAAGGCGGCACCUGCAGCUGCUGCCAAGAAGAAAGAUGAAUCAUCAUCUGAAGAGGAGUCCAGUUCAGAUGAGGAUGAUGCUCCGGCCAAGAAAGCAGCUCCAGCUAAGAAGGCAGCUGCACCUGCAGCCAAGAAGAAAGAUGAAUCAUCAUCUGAAGAUGAGUCCAGUUCAGACGAGGAUGUUGCACCGGCCAAGAAAGCUCCUGCGACCACCCCUGCUGCAACAAAGAAAGAGGAGUCCAGUGAUGAAUCUGAAUCAGAAGAGUCUUCGGAGGAUGAAGAUGAAAAACCGGCCAAGACUCCCAAGAAAACUGGUGGAGAUGUUAAAAUGACAGAAGCUGACAAUACUCCCAAGACCCCUUCCACACCCAAUGUCCAAUCUGGAGGCUCAAAAACCCUAUUUGUUGGAAACUUGUCUUUCUCUGUUGAGCAAGCUGAUAUUGAGAACUUCUUCAAAUCUGCUGGGGAAGUUGUAGAUGUUCGUUUUGCUAUGGGCCAAGAUAAUUCAUUCAGGGGCUUUGGUCAUGUUGAGUUUGCUACUGCUGAAGCAGCAGCGAAGGCUAUGGAAUUGAAUGGUCAAGAGUUGCUAGGUCGUGGAGUAAGACUUGACAUGGCAAAAGAAAGGGGUGCUGCCACUCCGUUCAGCGGUGGCCGUGAUUCACAAUCCUUCCAGAGGGGAGCAGCAGCUCAGGGGCAAACAGUGUUUAUUCGUGGAUUUAACAAAUUUGACGGUGAAGACCAGAUUAGGAGUGCUCUUGAAGAGCAUUUUGGUGGCUGUGGUGAAAUCACUCGGGUUUCUCUCCCCAAAGAUCAAGAGGGUGGUGUUAAGGGGAUUGCUUAUGUUGAUUUCACGGAAGGGGCUGCUGUCAACAAAGCUUUGGAGCUAAGUGGAUCUCAACUUGGGGACAGCACCUUGUAUGUUGAUGAGGCCAAGCCAAGGGAUAAUAAUGCUUCUGGUGGUGGCAGAGGGGGUGGUAGAGGUUUUGGAAGAAGUGGUGGUCGGGACUCUGGUGGCAGAUUUGGAGGAGGUGGGCGCCGUGGUGGUGGCCGUGGCGGUCGGGACUCUGGUGGCCGUUUUGGCGGUGGUGGCCGUUCUGGAGGACGUGGAUUUGGCAACAAACCCAGCUUUGCUUCAUCUGGAAAGAAGACCACAUUCGACGACUAGUAGACGAGUCCAUAAGUUCUGGUGUAUUAUCAAGGCCCGUGCUCCACACUGGCAUUUGAGUUUAGGAAAAGUUUUGUUUGUUUACUGUUUAGGGGCAGCAUAAUUUAGUUUUGGUUGCUAAUCUGGAUCAAUUAAUGUUUGGAUCUUGUGAGUUCAAUUUUGUGCUAUUAUUCAAGGUUAUGUUUGCUCA